UUGAAUGACGCGGGCAAACACGUUUGGGUUGUGGGUUCAAUUAAUGGAUUGAUUUGUCUUGCCAUUGGGAAACUGACAUGUUUUUAUGGAAUCCAUCAAUUAGGAAGUUCAAGAAAUUUCCUAAUUAUAGAAUUCAUACUAGCCACGUAUAUGGUUUUGGAUAUGACGAAUUUCAUGAUGAUUAUAAGGUAGUGUCUGUUUUCAAAUCUGAGAGUGCAGAUCAAGGUGAGGUCAAAUUAUAUAGUCAAAAAGCUGAUUCUUGGACAAGUGUUGAUAAUUGCCCGAGUGCGGGCAUAUUAGAUGUUUUUGGUAAGUAUUUGAAUGGGAAACUUUAUUGGCCUGCUACUGUUGCUGGCAUAAAUACAUGGGUUGGCUGGUACAUAGUUUCUAUUGAUUUGGCUUAUGAAAAGUGGGGAAAGGUGGAGAAGCCCUGCUCUCGGGAAGGAGGUAGUUUUCCUUCGGUGGGUGUAUUGGGAAGUGAUCUUUUUGUGUUUUCUCAUAGGGGAAGUCAGGCAGAUGUAUGGAUCAUGAAAGAGAAUGGGUCUUUGACAAAAAUGUAUACCAUCAAAUAUCCUGCUUAUUUUGACAAUUGUUUCUUUUACUUCUGUUAUUUCUCCGAUCUAUGCAUGACAAACAAAGGUGAAAUAUUGAUUCUGUCUAAAUCAACUUACAUGAUAUACAAUCCAGAGGAUGAAUCGGUCAGAUAUACAAAGGUUGCUAAGUUUCGUUGCAGUAUUGCGUCAAACAUCUACAUUGAAAGCCUAGUUUGUCCCCUUUUACAAAACGAACCAAGCACACAUCAAGAGUGAAGGCUGCAGAAGCUCAGACGGAUGACAAUGUUGUAGGAGGUGAAAAGCUGAUGUUAAAGAACAAUUAAUCCAUCCUGUUCCAUCCUCUGCCGACUGCACGAAUCAAAACGAU